CUAGUUGUUGUCCAGUUGUCCGCACCGUUGACAACAUGGCUCGCGUUCUUGUCACGAUCUUGGCCCUGCUGCUGGUGGUGGCCACCACAGCCCACGCGGCCGUUGUACGGAAUUUUCCCCCUUUUGAGCAGCUGCAGCAGCUAGAGAAUCCCAAUUCGCGUUUAGCACCACGUGCCGACGAAGACACCUAUCGGUUGCCCAACAACACGGAACCUGUGGAAUAUACCGUCGAGCUGCACACGAAUGUUCAUACGGGCGAUACAGCUUUUAGCGGCACGGUUGCCAUAAGCAUAAACGUUUUGGAGACCAGCACAAUUAUUGUGGUGCAUGCGCGACAGCUGGAAAACUUUACGGCGACCAUACGCAAGGAUGGAGAGACAACUGACACUGCACUGGAAAUCACUCAUGAUACAGAUCGUGAGUUCCUAAAGCUGUCCGCCAAGGAUCUUACCUUUGAGGAAGGUACCAGCUGGCUGUUGACUAUCAAGUAUGAGGGUAAUUUGCGAACGGACAAUGGGGGCUUCUACUUAUCCAAGUAUACGGAUGAGAAUGGUGCUACCAAAUACUUGGCCACCACACAGUUCGAGAGCACCGAUGCACGUCACGCCUUCCCUUGCUAUGAUGAGCCAGCCAAGCGGGCCAACUUUACGAUUACCAUCCAUCACGAUCCCAGCUACAAUGCUAUCAGCAAUAUGCCAGUGGAUGACUCUAAGACCAGCUCCGGUAUUACAGCUUUCAAGACCUCUGUCAAGAUGCCCACCUAUCUGGUGGCCUUCAUUGUAUCGGAGUUUGUGUACUCGGAGGGUGAGCUGAAUGGGUUGCCCCAGCGUGUCUUCUCGCGCAAGGGCACCGAGCAUGAGCAGGAAUGGGCACUGACUACAGGCAUGCUGGUCGAGAAGCGACUCUCCGGCUAUUUCGGUGUGCCUUUUGCUUUACCUAAACUGGAUCAGGCGGCUAUACCUGACUUUGCAGCUGGUGCCAUGGAGAACUGGGGUCUGGCCACCUAUCGUGAGGAGUAUUUGCUGUACAAUAUCGAAAACUCUACUACGAAUACGCAGACGAACAUUGCCACAAUCGAGGCGCAUGAGGAUGCACAUAUGUGGUUUGGUGACCUGGUUGCCAUCGAAUGGUGGAGCUAUCUGUGGCUCAAGGAGGGCUUUGCCACGCUAUUUGAGAAUCUGGCCGUUCAUUUGGCCUAUCCAGAAUGGGAUAUAUUCCAAACCUUCCAUGCUGGCUCUUAUCAGAGCGCUCUCAUUGCUGAUGCCAACCCCAAUGUGCGACCCAUGACAACAUUUGUGGAGAAGCCUUCGGAAAUUUCCCAGCUCUAUGACUCCAUUGCUUAUGCCAAGGCUGGCUCGGUCCUAGACAUGUGGAGGCAUGCGCUGACCAACACCGUGUUCCAGCAAGGUCUGCACAACUAUCUAGUGACCAAGGCCUACUCUGCUGCCAAUGAGACAGAUCUAUUUGAUGCCAUUUCGCUGGCCGCCCGCGAGCUGAACUAUGCUGUGCCGGCUCUCGUCGGAGACAUGCUCUCCAGCUGGACGCGACAGGGUGGUGUCCCACUGAUCACUGUGGAGCGCAACUAUAACAAUGGCUCCUUCACCAUCAAGCAGGAGCAGUAUACCAACGAUAAGACAUUUACGAGCGAGAAGCUCUGGUAUGUGCCUGUUAACUAUGCGGUUGCAUCGAAUCCUGAUUUCCGAAAUACUGAGGCCACACAUUAUCUGCUCAAUGAGACGGAGAAGAGCGUUGCCGACGCCCAGCUGACCAACGAUGAUUGGUUGAUCCUGAACAAACAGUCGACAGGUUACUAUCGCAUCAAUUACGAUGAGCGCAACUGGCAGCUGAUUAUUGAGGGUUUGGCCAAUCGCUCGCAUAAGAUUCACCCUCGUAAUCGCGCCCAACUGAUCAGCGAUGCAUAUCGUUUCGCUACGAGCAAUCGCUUGUCACAUGCUCUGCUGUUGCAGCUGCUCACCUACCUGCCGCAAGAGAAUCAAUAUGCACCCUGGUCAGCGGCCAAUACCGCGAUUACCCUGUUCGAUCGGUAUCUGAGCAGCGAUGAGUCCUACGAACAUUUCCAGUUCUAUGUCGCCACAUUGGUCAGCGAUCAAUUCGACAAAUUUGGCGUGAAUGACAUCGAUGGGGAGCAACAUUUGGUCAAGUUUACCCGCAACGUGGUCAUCAAUUUGGCUUGUCUGGCGGGUCUGAAGAGUUGUCUGGACGAGACAAACGUUAAGCUACAGGCGUUGGUCAAUCAGGGCACUCCGAUUGAACCGAAUCUACAGACGCCCGUCUACUGCAAUGGCCUCAAGCAGGCCGAUGAUAAGACAUUUAACUUUGUCUAUGAUAAAUUAAUGGACUCCAACGAUCAGGCCGAGCGCCGUCUACUCAUCUCAGCCCUGGGCUGUUCCCAAAACGAGGAUCAGCUGAUGAAGUAUGUGUCCAGCAGCAUUGAUCAGUCCAACAAGCUGCGCACCCAGGAGCGCUACACGUUGCUCAGUCCCACCUAUUCUCGUGGUGAAGUCGGUCUGCUCGUCUGCAUUGAUUUCUUGCUCGAGCAUUGGCAGGAGUAUGGCAAUCUGAAUCCUGGCUUUGGUGGUAAUAAUCCACUAGCCGCUGACAUUGAGAGCAUGGCUGCCUAUGUGGUUACCGAGAGUCAAAAGCAAAAGCUGCAGCUACUGAUCGAUACGGUCAAAGGCUCUGAAUUUGUGUCCGACACAUUGCAAGACAGCGUGGAUACCACCAUUGCGGCCAACAUGGAGUGGCUGUCGACCAAUCGGGAGCCCAUCAUUUCCUGGGUAACUGGUUUCCGCAACGGCAGUCCCGCUAUGACCGCAUCUGUGCUGGCCCUAGCCCUGUGCUUUUUGGCCGCUAAAUUGUUCUAGGUAUUAUUUAAGGAGCUACUAAGUUAGCUUAAGGUCUUCCUCGUUUCGCAGCUAUGUAUAUACACAAAUUCUUUACAUUUCCGUUUGCUAAUAAAAAAAAUGGUAAUGUCAUUGCCAAAUACUUUAAGAUUA